AUGCCUGCCCACGAUGAUGAAAAAGAGAAUAUGGAUAAUACUGAAGUUCUUGAUGAAAAGCCACGCCGUAUUAUAUUAGGGCUUAUCGCCCAGAUACGUAAAGGAACUGAAUUGCAUAGAAUUGCACUACCGGCAUUUGUUUUGGAACCAAGAAGCAUGUUAGAAAGAAUCACUGAUUUUAUGAGUCAUUCAGAUCUAAUUUUAAGGGCACCAAAGCAAGAAAACAAUGUCCAACGAUUUAUAAGUGUUGUACGGUAUUAUUUAUCCGGGUGGCAUGUAAAACCCAAGGGAGUUAAAAAAUCCUAUAAUCCAGUAUUGGGUGAGUUCUUUCGUUCACGGUGGAAAUUUUCUGAUAACACUGAAGCACUAUAUAUAGCGGAACAAGUAUCACAUCAUCCUCCCGUUUCUGCAUACUAUUUUGCAAGUCCGGAGAACGAUCUAUUAAUUUAUGGUACUUUACGACCGAAAUCUAAAUUCUUGGGGAAUAGUGCAGCGACGUUAAUGCACGGUGAAACAAAACUUCAUUUUACUAACCGUCCUGGUGAAGUUUAUCGAAUUACCAUGCCAAAUUUCUAUGCUCGUGGUAUACUAUUCGGAAGAAUGGUGAUGGAAUUAGGUGAUAAGACAACUAUCCUUUGUGAGAAAACUGAUUUACUUUGUGAAAUGACCUUUCAAACAAAGGGAUAUUUCACUGGAACUUACAAUGCUGUUCAUGGAAAGAUAAUGCGUGAAUCAACGGGAGAAGUUCUUUUUGAAAUUACUGGGAAAUGGUCCGAUAUUAUGUACAUUACUAACUUAAAGACUGGAAAAGGUGAAGUUUUGUUUAAUGCUCUUGAAUCCUCAGUAUGUCAAAAAAUUGUUGAUUCAGAGGAUAAGCAACACGAAAGAGAGUCUCGCCGAUUAUGGUCAAAAGUAACUAGCGCACUAUUAGAAAAAAAUUAUGAUCUUGCUUCGCAGGAGAAGUGUUUAGUUGAGGAAAAACAACGUAAAGAUACAAAAGUUUUGGAAGAGGAAUGGAAACCAAAAUAUUUUACUCGAAAUGGCAGUGAAUAUCUUUUCAAUAAUAUGCA